CAUCUGUAAACUCUGGAGUGCUGAAGCUGCUGCUGCUCUCACUGUUGGAUGACUGUAAUGCACAUAUCAACGGGGCGUGUUCUACACUGUGACUGCGACUGCAGUCCAUCUCUUCCUCGGCUGUCCAGACAGCCAAUCAUGCGAAAAUACGCCUCCGCCAAUGAGUCAAGCUGAGGAGUGUGAGGUGAGCUUAUCUGGGAUCCUGAGCCGCAGCGGUGCUUACGGACGGUGACGGUGUGGCUUUGUGCAGGAAAAACAUCGCCAUGGGUAGCACCGACUCCAAACUGAACUUCAGGAAAGCCGUGAUUCAGCUGACAACCAAAACACAGCCAGUGGAGGCCACAGAUGAUGCCUUCUGGGACCAGUUCUGGGCCGACACCACCACCACAGUCCAGGAUGUUUUUGCGCUGGUGCCAGCAGCGGAGAUAAGAGCUGUUCGAGAAGAAUCGCCCUCGAAUUUAGCAACACUCUGCUAUAAGGCUGUGGAGAAGCUGGUGCAGGGUGCAGAGUCAGGCUGCCCCACAGAGCGCGAGAAGCAGGUGGUGCUCAACUGCUCUCGAAUCCUGACUCGCAUCCUUCCCUACAUCUUUGAGGAUCAAGACUGGAGAGGAUUCUUCUGGUCCACAGUGCCAGGUGCAGGACGAGCUGGGAGUGAUGAGCUGGAUGAGGAUGAUGGAGCCCGACCACUGGCUGAGUCAUUGCUCCUUGCCAUCGCUGAUUUGCUUUUCUGCCCUGACUUCACUGUGCACAGCCAUAGGAGAGGCCCAGACUCAGUGGAGAACAUGCAGUCCAUAGACAGCUGUGAAUACAUCUGGGAGGCAGGCGUGGGUUUCGCUCAGUCUCCCCCACUCAACUACAUCCAUGACCUGAACAGGACUGAGCUGCUGAGACUGUUGAUCACCUGCUUUUCUGAGGCCAUGUACCUGCCCCCUUCGACAGACAACACUGUCCUCAACCCCUGGGUGACUUUCUUCUGUUCCACAGAAAACAGACAUGCGUUGCCUCUGUUCACCUCCCUGCUGACCGUGGUGUGUGCCUAUGACCCAGUGGGCUACGGUAUCCCCUACAACCACCUGCUCUUCUCUGACUACCGGGAGCAGCUGGUGGAACAGGCUGCACAGAUCCUUAUUGCGACACUUGAGCACGAUGGAGGUGUCCUUCACCGCCCCCCCUCGCCAUCCAGCAUGGUGGAACAAGAGUACACAGGACCUGAAAACCUGUUUGUGAAUUACUUGUCAAGGAUCCACAGAGAGGAGGACUUUGACUUCAUACUGAAGGGCCUGGCUCGUCUGCUGACCAACCCUCUGACACAGACUUAUCUGCCCAACUCCACAAAGAAGAUCCAGUUCCACCAAGAACUGCUGGUUCUCUUCUGGAAGCUCUGUGACUUCAACAAGAAGUUCCUGUUUCUUGUGCUGAAGAGCAGCGAUGUGCUGGAUAUUCUGGUUCCAAUCCUCUUCUACCUAAAUGAUGCCAGAGCUGACCAGUCCCGCGUUGGACUAAUGCACAUCGGCGUGUUCAUUCUGCUGCUGUUGAGCGGGGAGAGAAACUUUGGAGUGCGUUUGAAUAAACCCUACUCUCUCCAUGUUCCCAUGGACAUCCCCGUGUUUACAGGGACUCAUGCUGACCUGCUGAUAGUGGUGUUUCACAAGAUCAUCACCACAGGUCACCAGCGUUUGCAGCCUUUGUUUGACUGCCUGCUCACUAUCGUUGUCAAUGUCUCUCCAUACUUGAAGAGCUUGUCCAUGGUCGCGGCUAAUAAACUGCUCCACCUGUUGGAAGCCUUUUCCACCAGCUGGUUCCUCUUCUCUGCUGCACAGAACCAUCAUCUUGCAUUCUUCCUCCUGGAGGCAUUCAACAACCUCAUCCAGUACCAGUUUGAUGGAAACUGUAACCUGGUGUACGCCAUCAUUCGCAAACGUAACGUGUUCCACCAGCUGGCCAACCUGCCAUCUGACCCUUCUUCCAUUCAAAAGGCUUUGCAGAGGAAGAGGAAGUCACCAGAUAUGAUUUCGCGAACCAGCUCACAGGAAACUGUCUCCAUGGAAGGCUCUCGCCCUGCUGUGCCAGCAGAACCUGGUACCCUGAAGGCCAGUCUGGUUGCCAUGCCAGGCAUUGAUAAACUCACUGAAAAGUCCCAGGUGUCAGAGGACGGCACCAUGGUGUCCAUCCCAAAGACAGAUUCUUCACACGCUGUCCAAACGGAACACUGUGCAGCCAGCGCAGCCAGUGAUACAGAGUCAAAUUCGGGCAGAGAAAAUGAGGAUGUUUUCUACACGGAAGCAGAAAUGGAGAAAAGACGUCUGUCGAGUGCUUCUACAUCAUCGUUCUGGGCUCCUACACCUGACUGGGUGCUCUCCUGGAAGUGUAAGCUCCCCUUGCAGACUAUCAUGCGUCUGCUGCAAGUCUUAGUUCCUCAGGUGGAGAAGAUCUGCAUCGACAAAGGCCUGACGGAUGAAUCAGAGAUCCUGAAGUUUCUGCAGCAUGGCACGUUAGUGGGCCUGCUGCCUGUUCCUCACCCCAUUCUUAUCAGAAAGUACCAGGCCAACGCAGGCACCGCCAUGUGGUUUCGCACUUACAUGUGGGGUGUGGUGUAUUUACGUAAUGUGGAUCCUCCCAUCUGGUAUGACACCGACGUCAGACUCUUUGAGAUUCAGAGGAUGUAGACACCACCCUAACCUCCUCCUCCUCCUCCUCCUCCUCUUCCAUUACUUCCUGGUUUACCAGUGAACCUCACUGUGUUUAAUUAGCCUAUAUACAUCCUCAUAAUGCCCGCUGACCUCACAUACACUGUUCAGUGCAGUAGGAGAGUCACUCAAAUGAAUGCAGAUUACUCUCAUAAUAAGGACGGAUCAUUUCAAUAUUUUUAUUCCUUUUAAAGCAGAUCGUCAGACCUGGAGACCACUGAAUGUUUGUCACACUACUGAGCGGAUCGACCAGAUUCCUAAAAGCCAAUACUUCUUUGACACAAUCACAAAGAAGGAGGAAGCGUUGCUUCAGCUUCUCAAUCAGACUUGUUAUGGAAGGUGUUGGGCUUUCCAUCGGGGCCUGUACAGUAACACACGUCUGUAUCCUGGAUUGCACGAUGUUGGUGUUUUUUGUUGUUGUACCUGCCGUGUGCUUUAAAGUGAACUUGCAUUCUUCAUCAAGAGACCAUCUUGUUACUAUGUAAUGUGAUAAUGUAACAGACGUUUGGAGACAGAUGUUUUUAUGUGCUGUAUAUGAACAGAUUUAUGUUUAGAAAUGGCUGAUUAUACUUAUAAUGCUCAAUGUUACACUGUAUUUUAC